CGCUUGGCUGAGUUUGCUUGCUGUUCCAAUGAAUUCCCUAUCUGAUGCUAUUCCACCACUCAUCUUCAACAUAUCAACCUUGCAAACAUUAGACCUUUCAUACAAUCAGUUUUCAGGUACCCUUCCUUCAAACAUGGGACUAUCACUUCCCAAUCUCCAAGUCCUUGCUUUACAAAGCAACAAACUCACCGGCCCCAUUCCUGCCUCUAUCAACAAUGCUACUCAGCUUCAUAUCUUAAACUUGCAAGUGAAUUCAUUCAGUGGCUCCAUUCCCAGUUUUCCUAGUUUAAGGCUCUUAACCAUGUUUGUACUCAGCAAAAAUAACUUGAGUGCAACCCCGGAAAUGAAAUUUCUCUCAUCAUUAACUAAUUCCCAGCACCUAAAGGUUAUUGAAAUAACAGGAAAUCCACUACUGGGUUGUGUUCUACCAAAUUCCAUAGGAAAUCUAUCCAAGUCCCUUGAGGCUUUCUUGGCGCACAACACAAGUAUGAAAGGUGCCAUUCCUUCUCAAAUAGGAAACUUGACCAAUUUGAUAGCUUUACUUCUAAGUGAGAAUCAGUUGAGUGGACCAAUUCCGACAACAAUAGGAAAUUUGCAGAAACUUGGGAGAUUAUCCCUUUUUCUGAAUCAGUUGCAAGGAUCUAUCCCGCUCGAUCUUUGUCAGAUGAGUGAGUUAGCAGAGGUGUACAUUGGCGACAAUGAGCUCGAAGGUCCAAUACCAGAAUGUUUGGGAGGAAUGCAAUCGCUGAGAGUUAUUCGCUUUGACUCAAACAAGUUGAAUUCCACCAUACCUUCCAAUUUCUGGAAUCUCAGAGACCUCAUCUUUCUAAACUUGUCCACAAACUAUUUGAGCGGUCAGAUCUCACCCCAAAUUGGAAAAUUGGAGGUAAUCAACAAUGUAGAUUUCUCGUUUAAUCAAUUUUCCGGUGAUAUUCCCAGCUCAAUCGACCGUUGCCAAUCAUUAGAAUAUCUAAAUUUGUCGAAUAAUAACAUCGGUGGUUCCAUGCCUCAAUCACUGGGAAAUAUGAAAGGCUUGACAACACUGGAAUUAUCUAAUAACAGUCUUACUGGAUUAAUACCCAAAUCAUUACAAGAUCUCAAAUUCUUGGAGUAUUUCAAUGUGUCAUACAACAGAUUGGAAGGGGAAAUUCCAAAUGGGAGCUGUUUUUCCAGAUUUACUGCUCAAUCAUUUGUGCACAACUCAGCUCUUUGUGGUCCAACAAGAUUUGAAGUGCCGCCUUGUCCAGAAGUUGAUGGAGGAUCAAAAUCAAAGGGUGUUGCUCGAUUAAUGAAGUACAUUAUGCCUCCUCUCGUUUCAGCUAUGGCUGCAGUUAUCAUUGUAGUUAUUCUCAUAAGACGAUGCAAGCCUGUGAAAGUGAAAAUUCCAGUUUCGACUUCGUUGGGUAAUCCUUGGAGAAAAAUCCCAUACAUUGAACUAUCGAGAGCAACAAAUUCCUUUAGUGAGACAAAUCUACUUGGGAGAGGAAGCUUUGGCUCAGUGUUUAGAGGGGUAUUUGAUGAUGGACUGGAUUUUGCGGUGAAAGUGUUCAAUAUAGAGUUGGAAGGAGGUAACAAGAGCUUUGAAACUGAAAGUAGAAUACUAAGCACCAUUCGGCACAGGAACUUAGUUCGAGUUAUUGGUUGUUGCACCAACAUGGAUUUCAAGGCUUUGGUUCUUCAGUUCAUGCCGAAUGAGAGUUUGGAGAAAUGGUUAUACUCGGAUAACUAUUGUGGAGAUAUUGUACAAUUGUUGAACAUCUCAAUCGAUGUUGCUUUAGCUCUGGAGUACCUUCAUCACGGGAACACGUUCCCCAUUGUGCAUUGUGAUAUAAAGCCGGGCAAUGUGUUGCUCGAUGAAGAUAUGACUGCUCGUGUUGCUGAUUUUGGUAUUGCAAAGCUCUUUGAUGAGGGGGAUGCAAUGAUCCACACUAAAACACUUGCUACAAUCGGCUACGCAGCACCAGAGUAUGGGUCGGAAGGAAAAGUUUCCAUGAGUGCUGAUGUGUACAGUUUUGGGAUAAUGCUGUUGGAGAUGUUUACAAGAAAGAAGCCAACAGAUGAUAUGUUUGGUGGGGAAAUGAGCUUGAAGGAGUGGGUGACUGAAUCAUUACAAGCCAAUGACAUCUAUCAAGUAUUAGCCCCUGCUUUGCUUCCGGAACAAGAUCGAAAUUUCGAUAUGAAGAUGAAUUGGAUGACAUCGGUGUUUGAAUUAGCAAUGAAAUGUUUGGCCAUUUCACCCUACGAAAGAAUCAACAUGAUUGAAGUAACAGCCACACUAAAGAAGAUCAAAGCAAAAGUUGCAACGAGGGUGACCAUAAGGUUUCAUCACCAUGCUUUGUGAUGAGAUGAGGAUUUUGUUACAAAUGGUUGAUGGUAGCCGUUUCCAUUUUUAGAUGUUCUUUGUAAGUGAGUCGAGCGUGUGAUAAGCUCCUUCAUGGGUUUUUAUUUGUUUGCAUAUUCUUGUAAUUAUAUGUAUUAUAAAUGCUUUGUGACAACAGAUCAAGUAAAACUUCCAUUUGA